GAGGGCCCGACUGGGAGGGUUGCACAGCAGUAGGACAGCACAGCGGUAGGACCGACCGGCCGGAGGAUCCGCAGCACAGGGGUUGAGCGCGCUUCCGGAGCUUGCGGACAGUGUCCGCUGCGGACGACUUCCGGCGGCGGCGUAAACAAGGCCCCGGCGGCCGGAGGCGGGGCGGGCUGCGAGUGCGAGCCGCCUCGGCCGCUCUCCCGCUCCGAGCUAGGUCCCGGCUGCUGCGCGGUCCCCGCGAGACCCUCAGCCGCUGUCGGCGCGCGCCCCAGCGCUCGGCCCGGAGGCGGGGGCGCAGCACAGUAGAGGCGGGUCGUCAGCGCUGGCUGCGCGCCGCGGUCCACCGCUCCGCUUUCCUUUGUCUCCCGCCUGCGGGGCCGGAGCGGUCUCGGUGCCCAGCGGUGCAGCCUCAAGAUGGCUGAUGGCAACGAGGAUGCUCGAGCGGAGGACAUGCCAGGCCCGGCCUUCGAAGGCUACGAGGCCAUGGAGCUGGCCUGCCCGGCCGAGCGCAGCGGCCACGUCGCCGUCAGCGAUGGGCGCCACAUGUUCGUCUGGGGCGGCUACAAGAGUAAUCAAGUGAGAGGACUCUAUGACUUCUAUCUGCCCAGAGAAGAACUGUGGAUCUACAAUAUGGAGACUGGAAGAUGGAAGAAGAUCAACACUGAAGGUGAUGUGCCCCCAUCCAUGUCUGGGAGCUGUGCUGUGUGCGUAGACAGGGUGCUGUACUUGUUUGGAGGCCACCAUUCCAGAGGCAACACAAACAAGUUCUACAUGCUGGAUUCAAGGUCUGCAGACAGAGUGUUACAGUGGGAAAGGAUUGAUUGCCAAGGAAUUCCUCCAUCAUCAAAGGACAAACUUGGUGUCUGGGUAUAUAAAAACAAGUUAAUAUUUUUUGGAGGCUAUGGAUAUUUACCUGAAGAUAAAGUAUUGGGAACAUUUGAAUUUGAUGAAACAUCUUUUUGGAAUUCAAGUCAUCCAAGAGGAUGGAAUGAUCAUGUCCAUAUUUUAGACACUGAAACAUUUGCCUGGAGCCAGCCCAUCACCACUGGCAAGGCACCUUCACCUCGUGCUGCCCAUGCCUGUGCAACUGUUGGAAACAAGGGUUUUGUAUUUGGUGGCAGAUACCGAGAUGCUAGAAUGAAUGAUCUGCACUAUCUUAAUCUGGACACAUGGGAGUGGAAUGAACUAAUUCCACAAGGUAUAUGCCCUGUUGGCCGCUCCUGGCACUCACUGACACCAGUUUCUUCAGACCAUCUUUUUCUCUUCGGAGGAUUUACCACUGAAAAGCAGCCACUAAGUGAUGCCUGGACUUACUGCAUCAGUAAAAAUGAAUGGAUUCAGUUUAAUCAUCCUUAUGUUGAAAAACCAAGAUUAUGGCAUACAGCUUGUGCGAGCGAUGAGGGAGAAGUAAUUGUUUUUGGUGGUUGUGCCAACAAUCUGCUGGUCCAUCAUAGAGCUGCACACAGUAACGAAGUACUUAUAUUUUCAGUCCAACCAAAAUCUCUUGUACGUACUAGAGGCUGACUACUAAUUCUUGAUUAUCAGUUACGUAAGAACAGCUUCAGGGACUAGAGAGAUGGCUCAGCAGUUAAGAGCACUGACUGCUCUUCCAGAGGUCCUGAGUUCAAUCCCCAGCAACCACAUGGUGGCUCACAACCAUCUGCAAUGAUCUGAUGCCCUCUUCUGGUGUGUCUGGAGACAGCUACAAUGUGCUCACAUACAUUAAAUAAAAUAAUUUUAAUUCUUACAAAAAAAAAAAAAAAAAAAAAAAAAAAGACUGCUUUCAGGAGGCCAGAGAGAUGGCUGAGCAAUGAAGAAGUCACCCUGAUCUGGCAGAGGACCUGAGGUCAGUCCCAAAGCCCAACUGCCUUACAUUCCCUCCAGGGGAUUCAACACUCUCCUCUUCUCUUCUGGACUCAAUGGGCACUGCAUGGAUUACAUGUGCACAUUCCCAUAGACACGCGUGUACAAAAAUAAAAUAUAUUAAGAAAAGAAAAUUCCAGACAAUAGAAAUAUAUUACCUGUUGGAUUCUUAAUUACACAGCUGGUAGCUCCAUGAAGAUCAGCAUGCACAUAAAUGUCUCCUUAAAUAAAGACAAAUGUGAAAUAAUGAUACUUUAAGUCAUAUUUCUUUUGGGUUUUUUUGUUUUGCUUUGCUUUCUUCCAAUUUUUUUAAGAUUUUAUGUGCAUGAAUGUUCUGCCUGCAUAUAUGUAAGUGAAGCACCUAUAUGCAGUGCCUACAGUAGGAAGAAAAAGGCCCUAAAUCCUCUAGAACUGUCGUUCCAGGUGGUUGUGAACCAUCGUGUAAUUGCUGGGAACUGAACUGCGUCAGUUGUAAGAGACACAAGUACUCUUGAGUGUUGGGCCAUCUCUCCAGCCUGCUUCCUUUCUUUUUGAAACAGGGUCUCCUUAUGCUACUUAGGUUAUUCUGGAACUUCUGGGAUCCAGUGGUUGGUCCUCUAGACUUAGCCUCUUUAGCGGCUGCAACUAUGGUUAUGCACGAUACAUCCAGCUUGAAGUCCUAUUUGUAAACUGGAAAAAUGGUCACAAACUUUGGCACCAAAACAGUAACCUUUAAAAAAUGUGAUCCACCAUGACUUGGAGAACUGGAAACUACUUUGUAAAUAUAGCAGAAGAUCAAAAGUCCAACAAAACAGAGUAGCUCAGCAAUACUACUUCUGUAAUAGCUACUCAACAAAAAGUCAUACAGACUUCAACAAAAUGCAAGCCAUAAAGCGUUACCCCUCUAAUUCUGUCAAAUAAGGGUAGAAGAUAAAACCAGUGCCCAUUAGUGAAACAACUGAGAAAUCGUUUAAGAGAAAAUCUCACCUGGUGUUAAGUAUCUUUUCACAAUAAUCUCAUUCUGUUGCUGAUCUCGACCACCUAUAAUGAGAUAGUUCUCUGAACUAAUAAACCACAGAAAUUUCUCAAACCUAUAAAAAGAAAACAAAGUUAAUAUUUUUUUUGUAAAAAAAAAAAAAAAGCCUGAAUUCAUACUAUUUGAAAACAAAAUAUGACAAAACAGAAGUUGUCAUGCCUGUAUAGAAUAAGUUAUCAACAAUCCAAAGACACAAUUACCAUUUAAGCACCAGGCAAAUUUUACUAAUAACAUGUCAUAUAGUUUUUAAAAUAGUCUUCGAAGAAAUUAAAUUCUGUCGGGGCAUGGUGGCCCUUGCCAGUACUGAGGAGGCGGAAAUAAGAGAAUCUCUGAGUUCCAGGCCACCUAGUAAUAUAGUGAGACCCUUGUCUCUGUCAGGGAGAGGGGCAGAAGAAGCAAAGAUAGGGAAGAAGAGCGAGAGAAACUAAAUUCUAUAAAAGAAAGUUAUCUCACUAGGUAUGGUAGGAGAGACAUACCUAUAUUCCUAGCAGAAUCUAAAGUUUUUCAAGGCCAGCCACAGCUAUAUAUGAAUUUAAAUAUGUUAUAUUUCUAUUUAUAGCUAGUGUAGGCUAUAUUACCCUACCUGAAAAUCAACAACCCACAAGCCAAGUUUAUUUCUAGCUCGCCACCUCCCUCCCUCUUUCUUCCAGACAAGGUUUCUCUGUGUAGCUAUGGCUGUCCUGGAACUCACUCUGUAGAGCUGGCCUCAAACUCAGAGAUCCACCUGCCUCUGCCUCCUAAGUGCAUGUGUUACCAACAGCCUGGAUCUAUUUAUUUCUUUAAAAUUUUUAAAAUGUAUGUGUACGUGUAUUUGCAUUUGGUAAGUACAUGAAAGCAGGUGCCCACAGAGUCCCAGAGGGUGUUGAGGCUUCUGGAGCUGGAGGAUUUACAGACGAUUCUAAACUCCCUAAUUAGGGGCUUGAGUGCUUUACUCCAGUCCUCUGAAGAGUGAUAAGUAGUUGUUUUUUUUUUUUUUUUUUUAACAAAAAAACACAAGGUUAGUAACAACAGCUACUACUUAAUCACACUUUUUCUAUGCAAUUUUAUGGUAGCUACAGAAAGCAGAGUGUAUGUCCAUUGUUCAGAAGGGAAAAACUGAAGUUCCUACAAUUCAGCCUAGCCAUAGACUACUGGAACUAGGAUUUCAACCCCAGAUUCCAAAUCAUAUGCUAUGACUACAUUAUACAUUUCUGAAUUCCCAAUUUCAUAAAUGAAAGGGCCUAAUGGUCACAUAGUCACAGGUAAAGGCCUGCUACUUACCUAAUACAAAUAUUUCCAUCUUAUUUUUUUUUGUCUGAAGGGGACUGGCAGAAUUACUAUAUGCAGUUACUCUGCUAAUUAACCUUCAACUAUGUGUAUAGCACGUAAGAAAUAACACUGCUCACAUAUUCCAAAGAAAGCAGGUCAAUAAGAUGUGCAAAUAAGUUCUUAACCACUAAGGCAUAUCUCUCUCCAGCCCCCAAAUUAUUUUACUUUAUAUAGGUAGCAUUCUUAAACUUAAGGAUGGCAAAAUAAUGAAUUAACUACACAAAUCAAAGGUACAAAAUAUCCAAUGCCCUACGGUUCUGUUUUCUUUUAUCAGGAUACCAAAUAGGUUCUGGACCACUUGGUAAAGCAAGAAAUUAUUCCAGGUGGGAUGGUGCCUACCUAUAAUCCCAGCACCUGGGAGGAUGAGCCGAAAGAAUCAAGGUUCAAGGCCUGCUUGGUCUACCUAGGGAGAUCCUGUCUCAUUCCCUAUGACAUCCCUCUCCCCUCCAAAAGAGUACUAUUAUAGCUUUUACUAUCAAGAUAGAACAAAUAACGGAUGGAGGAACUGCCCAGUGGUUAAGAGCAUUUGCUGCUCUUCCAGAGGAUCUGGGUUUGAUUCUCAGAAUCAACAUAGCACACAAUGUGUGAGCUCUAACAACUCCAGUCCCAGGGAAUCUGACACCCUCUACUGGCCACAAGUAGAGAACAGCCAUUCACAGACAUAAAAUUGAAAUUAAAUAAAAGAAGUUAUAACAAUACUUGUUUAUAUUACAUUUAAAAAAUGACAGGGGCUGGAGAGAUGGCUCAGCGGAAGAGCACUGACUGCUCUUCCAGAGGUCCUGAGUUCAAUUUCCAGUAACCACAUGGUGGCUCACAACCAUCUGUAAUGAGAUCUGAUGUCCUCUUCUGGUGUAGCUGAAGACAACUACAGUGUAUUCAUAUAUAAAAUAAAAAGACAAAAAGAUAAAAAGAAUACUACAAGAAAUGAAAAUUAUACGUCAAUCUGACCAAAAGGGAUGUCAAAUGUAAUCAAACUAAGCACAAAGGGAAGAAAAAAAAAUCACACAUAAGAACUUUGAUAAAUAAAAACCAAACAAGUGAUCAUAUCAGACUUAGGAAGCUGAGUAUUAAAAUGACACGAGCCCAGGAAAACAAAUCCUUUUACAAUACAAAACUCAAAAAUGUAACAUAAAUGAGAUGCGGUAGCACAAACUUUUGAAAGCUGAGUCAAAAGGAUCCUAAGUUCAAGGCUCAUGUGGGCUACACAGGGAAACCAUGCCUCAAAACAAACAAAAGACGGCAACUCAAAGAAAUAGUUUUAUGUGGGCUGGAGAGAUGGCUCAGUGGUUAAGAGCACCGACUGCUCUUCCCGAGGUCCUGAGUUCAAAUCCCAGCAACCACAUGGUGGCUCACAACCAUCUGUAAUGAGAUCUGAUGCCCUUUUCUGGUGUGUCUGAAGACAGCUACAGUGUACUCACAUAUAAUAAAUAAAAAAAAAAUAGUUUUAUGGAUGGAAAUGAAUGGAAAAAUAAAAAGAUGAACAGAUGCUUAAAUGACAACAGAGAUAUAAGCCAGUCAUGGUGGACACAUGCCUUUAAUCCCAGCAUUUAGGAAACAAAGGCAGGAUGAUCUCUGAGCUCCAGGACAGCCUGGUUUACAUAGCAAGUUCCAAAACCACCAGGGAUACACAAAGAAACCCAGUCUUCAAAAAAAAAAAAAAAAGAAA